UGCCAACCCCAACCACAACACACACCGACACACGUAGGAGUACUACUCUUCAGCCUCAAGCCAAACCAACAUCCAUCUAAAGACCCAAUAUAUACAGACACACAUGACACAUCCCCUCACUCGCAAGCCCCCAUCAAUUUGCAUACGUGUUUUGGCGCUCUCUCACACACAGACACAGUUUGGCUGCAAACUCUGUCCGCGAUGAGCUCGAGUAAGCUUGAAGGCGGGAAGCUGCUGAGCUCCAGGAUCCUGUCGUUGAGGGAUAGCUCCAGCAGCACCGUCGCCAACGCCUCCUUCAGGGUCUACUACAGCGUCGGCGCCGGCACCGUGCCCUUCGUCUGGGAGACCAAGCCCGGAACCCCAAAGAGCACCGUCGUCCCCGCCGCCACCGACUACGACGCGCCACCCCCGCCAAUCAUCUCGCCGCCGCCGUCCUACCUGUCCAGAACAAGGAAGACGUACACGAGGAGAGCGCCAUCCGCUUCCCGGUCUUCGCGGUGGGGAUGGCUGACCAAGUGGCUCGACAUCAGGAGGUGGAUGUCGCCGCCCAAAGGCGGCUGGCACGCGCCGGACGGCGCCGCCGAUGAGGUGGAACGGCAGCGGCGGCUCCGGCGAGACGCGCCCAUCUUCCUCUGCAGCUGCGCUUCUGAUCAGCCAGGCAGGCAUGGAUAGGUCGGUGGAUAACGCCGGUGUGCACUUGCGUCCAUGGAAGGAUUGGUCGGUCGAUUUGCUGUGUUGCACUUCCGGCGGUGUUGAUGACGUAUAGAUAAUAUUUAAGACUUUUAGAAAGCUAUAUAAACUGGCUUUACAAUAGCUCGCGUGGUGUUUUUGCUGGACUUUGAUCAAGUUUUAGGUAGGACUUUGUUUCUUUCCCGUCGGUCUGAUGAUAGAUUUGUUGUUGCAGUGUUAAUUUGGCUGUUUGGAGAUGAUGAAUAAUUGGGUACCCGUGAUGUGACUGCCUGAGAGUGCGUUAUGGCCUCUGUUUUUCUCAUGAUCUUGGAACGAACCGCUGGUGACAUAUAACUUGUAAAACAGUGACUUGUAGUUAUUGUCAUGAUAAGUAGUAUCUCUUACCUGUUUUGA